AUGGCUCGUGGAAAUUUCAUGUGGGUCUCUGAGUUAAUUCUCACAGGUUUCUCAGAACACCCAGACCUACAGCUUCCGCUCUUCUUUGUGGUCCUGGUCAUGUACGGGCUGACCAUGGCUGGGAACCUGAUCAUCAUCACUCUCACCAGUGUGGACCCUCGACUGCAGACCCCCAUGUAUUUCUUCCUCCGACAUUUGGCAAUCAUCAACCUUGGCAAUUCAACUGUCAUUGCCCCUAAAAUGCUCACCAACGUUUUAGUAAAAAGGCACACCACCUCCUAUUAUGAAUGUGCCACCCAGGUGGGAGGGUUCUUGGUUUUCAUUGUGGCUGAGGUUUUCAUGUUAGCUGUGAUGGCCUAUGACCGCCAUGUGGCCAUUGGUAACCCAUUGCUCUACAUGGUGGUGGUAUCUCAGCGGAUCUGCCUUCUGCUGGAUUCCCUCACAUACUUCUAUAGCUUUUCUACAUCAGUUGUGACUUCAUCUUCUGUAUUCUCAGUGGCUCAUUGCUCUUCCAAUGUAAUCAAUCAUUUUUGUUGUGAUACUGGACCUCUGUUAGCAUUGUCCUGCUCUGAUACUUCCUUUCCAGAAAGAGUAGUAUUUAUAUCUGCAGCUACAAACUUGGUUUCUUCCAUAAUUAUAGUUGUGGUAUUUUAUUUCAACAUCGUUUUGUCCAUUCUAAGGAUAUGUUCAACUGAAGGAAGAAAAAAAGGCUUUUCCACUUGUGUAUCACAUAUGAUGGCAGUGUCAGUUUUUUAUGGAACACUAAAAGGUAGUUUUAAAAUCCAUUUCUGA